AUGAGCACGAAUCCGAUCAAAAGCAUACUGAGGCAUCAGAACCAGUCUCAUACACACUCGCCCAGCACUACCGUUACGACCACUUCUUCGCCAUCUUGGUUCACUCGACUUCAGAACAGAAUUUAUGCAGCUGAAGAUACUUCAUUACCACUCAUACCGAGACAGGAACUCAAACGAGUCACCUUUUCUCUUGGAAAACUCACCACGACAUACCCUCUUUACCCUCACGACGACUCAGAUGAACCUCUUGUACCAACCAUUCGAUCAUGCAUAUGCUCAUCACCUGACCUGAGUACCAAUGACCACAACCGCAACUUGGCCCAGUUCUACGAAUGGGCUUGUCGAAUGCGGGAAGAACCGAUUCUCUACCGAUUCCUCGAUUAUAUGCGACAUGACCGGAUUUCGCCAUUGACUGCAAUUGAUUUAUCCAACAAACCACUCACGGAUGGUCAAGUGGGGCCGAUUGCCGAUAUAUUGACUCUCAAUUUCGGCCUUGAAUCGCUGAACCUUUCCUAUUGUGAUUUGGAUGAUAGGUCAUUACGCUUGCUAUUGAAUAGUUUGCUGAUUUCUGAUACAGUGUCUGAAUUGCAAUUGGCGCAUAAUGCACUCAAACCAAAUGGCUACAAAUACAUCGCCAUUUAUAUCAAGGAGUCGAAAUCGAUCCAAAAUCUGAAUUUGUCAUACAACGUGAUUGAAAAGAAAUCAGCACAGUAUCUUUCGAAUGGCAUUGCGAGUGCUUCGUCGCUUCGCCAUCUUACGCUAGAUCACUGCUCUUUCAAGUCGACGGCGGCAUUGGAAGUUCUGGCGGAAGCCGCGUCCCUGGGUCUGAUGCUUGUCAAUCCCCAUGAAUUUGAAUUGCGCUGGGAUCCCAUCCACCACCGUUUCCAGGGUUUACAGCAUCUUGAUCUAUCAAACAACAAUUUGCAAUAUGCGCUAGCCCAAUUAUGUGAAGCGUUAAAGGAGACUCGCUCUCUAACCGACCUCAACCUGUCCAACUGUCGCAUUCAAAGUGAUGGCUGCGCUAUGCUUGCCGAGUCUUUGAUGUUGAAUCGAAGUUUACAGGAACUCAAUCUUUCCAAGAACCCCCUAUUCAAGGGAUCGCAUCAAGGGUCUGAAGGGUUGAAAACGGCGUUGGCUUGCAAUCGGUUUCUGAGUAAUCUCAUUUUGGCCGACACGGGGAUGGAUUCUGCCGCCGCCAUUGCGGUCGCCGAAAGCUUACCGGAGAACAUGACGUUAUCCCGUCUGGACCUAUCAACGAAUGUAAAUAUUAGCAUGGCCGGCAUCUUGGCCCUGUCCAUCUCUGUCAAAAUGAACCAAACCCUGACAUUUUUGGAUAUCAGUAUUCCUCCAAACGACGAUGAGUUGGCGAAAUUGCAAAACGACAUUGUGGCCGUGUGCACAACCAAUAUGUUACGAAAAGUAGAAACCCAAUCUGCAGAAGAAGCAUCCAGUCACCGUGUUCCCAAUGUCACUUCGUCCGCUUCCACCGCUUCCUCUUCCAUCUCUUCAACGUCGGCGAAAUCGCGCCAUAUUCCCGCUCUACGGCAAGAUUCCUUGACGUACGAAAAAUAUCCAUCUAACAAACCAACCACCGAUGACAAUGCCAAAGUUUCCAUCUCCUAUCCAUUUUCAGAGAUCCCGUUGUUGGAUGAUACCAGUGUUUAA